UCCUCUCCCCUCCCUCCCUGUAGUGUUCUGGGACACAAAACAGGUCCCAGAAGACCACAGUGCCAUUCACAAAGCGCAGCGCUUCUCAGGGGACAUUAUGAUCAGUGUGCCUUGAUGAUCAGUGUAGCCCCAGCGGUGCCACCUGUCAUUGUCCAUCAGUGCCAGCUGUCAGUGCUCAUCAAUGCCACCUAUCAGUGCCUCAUCAAUGCCACAUAUCAGUGCCUGCCAGUGCACAUCAAUGCCAUAUAUCAGUGCCCAUCUGAGCUGCCUUUCAGUGUCACCUAUCAGUGUCAGUCAGUGCCACCUAUCAGUGCUGUCAGUUAGUGUUUGCCUAUCAGUGCCAGUCAGUGCUGCCUAUCAGUGCCAGUCAGUGCCAGUCAGUGCCGUCUAUCAGUGCCGCCUAACAGUGCCAGUCAGUACCACCUAACAGUGCCAGUCAGUUCCGCCUGUCAGUGCCGCCUAUCAGUGCCAUCAGUGCCUCCUCAUCAGUGCCCAUCAGUGCAGCCUAUCAGUGCCCAUCAUUGCAGCCUCAUUAGUGCACAUCAGUGAAGGAGAAAAAUCACUUAUUUACAAAAUUUUAUAACAAAAACUAAGAAAAAACUUUUCAUUUUCAAAAUUUUCAGUUUUUGUUUUUUUUUGCAAAAAAUAA